AUGAACGGACACUAUGGCGGGCAACCACAUGCUGCUCAGUAUAACGAGCACUAUGUCACAAAUCCAUAUACUCACGAAGAACCCGAAGAAAUGGUCGAGUUGAAUAGCCCUCGGGCUUAUCGCAGCCCCGGAGGCUUCGAUCACCAGGAAAAUAACUUCAACUUUCAAUUCCAAGAACAACCUUCUCCAAGGCCAGCUGUGAUCCCAUAUAGACCGGGCCUGGGACACAACCCGCCUGACUAUACUUCUUCGCCGGGUCUAUUUCCCACACCUCGCACAUCCUACGGCCCUGAAUCGUUUGCGAAUACUCUUUACGACUCUCGCUCGGCUUCUCCAACCUUGUACCACCAUUCUCAACUUGAAAGCUCCGCUAGUCUCGGUCGUGCUCCUCUCGUGAGUGCUCCGGCAUCACCAGGCUUCUCAAAGGAUUGGGUUCAGUCGGGAUCCAUUGCUCGCAUCAGUGAUCGCGAUGACAUCGAUAUCUGGAAGGGCUGGAAGCGGAUCGUAUUCAAGUUCACCCCGCUACUUACCUUCGCCAAUACCGGACUCUACUUGUUCUACCUGGCUCUGCGAAUCUACUGUAUCGUGUCUGCCCAGAAUGCCGCGGGUGCCAGUUUUGCCGGAGCAUGGGUGUUCGUCGCCAUCGAGAUUACCGUUAUGAUUCCCUCUCUCAUGCACAACUGCUGGACUAUGAUGGCGAUGAAAAAGCGAGGCCGGCCCAAGCUGCGAUUGACUGGAAAUGACUGCCCAACGGUUGAUGUGUUCAUUACCUGCUGUGGUGAGGAUGACGAGGUUGUCCUCGAUACUGUCCGUGGUGCCGUCGAUCAGGACUAUCCCUUCGAGCGAUUCCGCGUGAUUGUGCUCGACGAUGGCAGAUCCGCAUCUCUGGAGGAUUCCGUCAACAACCUGGCCAUCACCCACCCGAAUCUGUACUACAUGGCCCGCGAGAAAAUUCCCGGCAAACCUCACCACUUCAAAGCUGGUAAUCUCAACUACGGUCUGGACCAGACACUCGCACUGCCCGGUGGAGCCGGCCAGUUCAUGGCCGCUCUGGACGCGGACAUGAUCCCCGAACAACAGUGGCUGCGAGCCGUGCUCCCGCACCUGCUGGUGGAUCCCAAGAUGGCCCUUGCAUGCCCACCCCAGCUUUUCUACAAUACCCCUGCGUCGGAUCCUCUGGCUCAGAGUCUGGACUUCUUCGUUCAUGUGAUCGAGCCGAUCAAGGACGCGCUCGGUGUGGCCUGGUGUACCGGCUCUGGCUAUGUUGUUCGACGCGAGGCUCUCGAUCAGAUUGGCAAUUUCCCCCUCGGCUCGCUGGCUGAGGACGUCGCGACUUCGACUCUGAUGCUUGGUAAGGGAUGGAAGACUGCGUACAUUCACGAGCCGUUGCAGUUUGGAACCGUGCCUGAGGAUUAUGGUGGUCACUUGAAACAGCGUACUCGUUGGGCUAUCGGUACUGUGGACACAGCUUUCAAGCUAAAGUUCUGUCUGUGGGGUGAUGCCGUCAAGAAGAUGACCAUCGCCCAGCGUUUCUCUGGUUUCUUGUAUGCGACUCUGAGCUUGUACACUCUCCUGCUUACCGCAUCCUUGUUCGCCAUUCCCGUCAUCCUCUUGUGGGGCAAGCAGCUUGUUGCAUACGCAAAUCAGGACCAGCUACACUGGUUGAUCUGGGCUUGCUUCGCUUCGACCAUCGCCAAUCGCCUAUGUGAAUUUGCCCUCUUCAUUCCUGCCGGCUAUCACACCGGCCAGCGCGGCUCUCGCUAUCAGCUCUGGAUGUCCCCAUACAUCGCCCUCUGCAUUGUGCGCUCGUUCAUGCUUCCAUCCUGGCUUGGCGGCCAGGCCCAGGCCUUCAAACCAACCGGUUCGCUCGGCUCCGCGCUCAACGAGCGUGACCCCAAGCUACGAAAGAACCUAUUCGUCCGUCUCCGCGUGAUUCUCUUCAACUUCAUGGCUCUCUUCCACUUCGCCUUCGUCUACGUCACCCUAGUAGCAGUCGUCAUCUCCACAUACCGCUGCUUCGCGGUGGAAAAAAGCUUCAAGGGAGUCGUUAUCUGCCUGGUUACACACGCCUUCUGGCCGCCUCUCACUUUCCUUUUCAUCUGCACUUCGCUGUGGACGCCUGUAUCGUAUGGGAUCGAUCCGCCAUCGAUGCCGGAGCGUGAGGAGUUGUUGUCGCGGGAUCCGAAGACGGGCGUUGCUCAUCCGACGAAGAGGAGUAAGAAGAUUGCAUUUGGUGGGCAGGCUGCAUGGUUUGAAUUGGAGUAUACGGUUGCCACUGUGGCCACUAUUUUGAUUUUUGUGUACUCCUUUUUCUUUUAG